AUGGAUAUGAGCAGCGCAAGGACGCGGCUUCGUCGCACAUUCCACUACCCCACCGACGAGAGCUCCACUGGGAGCACGCCCGAGGUCCUCGAUGAGGAAGAACAGGAGAAGCUCAUCCAGGACCUCGCCGAGCAGAACGCAACCAACAACCAGCAGUACCAGAUCAUCCUCCUCGCCCUGCCCAUCCUCUCGUGCAUACCCUACCUCCUCGCGCUCUUCCGCCCCUCGACAACCCUCAUAGCCGUGCUGGGGCUGACAUCCCUGGCGAGCACGAUAUUCCUCCUCUUCAGCCUCCCCCCAACCGAGACCGGCAUCCAUGCCCUCGACAGCCGCGCCAGCUCCGGGCCCGGGGCGUCGGCGCACGCCCAGGGCGAGGGCGAGGGCGAGGGCGAGGGCUAUGGCGGCGGCCCCAGCAGCAGCAGCGGGAUCAGCACGCUUAGCCAGCGCCGCCGGCGCCGGAGGCGCGCGAGCAGCUUCAGCGUCGCACCGCAGAAGAGCCCCCUGGAGAAGCACCUGCCGCUGCUGAACGUCGGGCUCUGCGCCGUGCUGGUCCUGUAUGGCCUGCUGGUGCGCCGGCGCGGCGAUGGGGCCAGCGAGCAUUUUGGCUGGCUCGGACUGGGGAACCUGCCCGCCAUCGUGUACACCGUCGUCAUCGUCGCAAAGCUGCUGAUGGCCAACGUCGACCCGGAGAGGGAGCUGACGGCGCUGAGGUACGACUACAAGGGCGCUUGA